AUGUCAUCGUCCGGCAAAGACAACAGCGCGGCCCAGCACGCCAAUCAUGUGGGACCUUACCGUUUGGAGAAGACACUGGGGAAGGGACAGACAGGCUUGGUCAAGCUCGGAAUCCACUGUGUAACAUGCCAGAAAGUCGCCAUAAAGAUUGUUAACCGGGAGAAACUCAGCGAGUCAGUACUAAUGAAGGUCGAGCGAGAAAUAGCUAUUCUGAAGCUCAUAGAACACCCACACGUUUUAAAGCUACACGACGUCUACGAAAAUAAAAAGUACUUGUACCUUGUGCUAGAACAUGUGUCUGGCGGUGAGCUGUUUGACUACCUGGUGAAGAAAGGCAGGUUAACGCCGAAAGAGGCCAGGAAAUUCUUCCGACAGAUCAUGUCUGCGCUGGAUUUCUGCCACAGUCAUUCCAUAUGCCACAGGGACCUGAAGCCAGAGAACCUGUUGCUAGAUGAAAAGAACAACAUCAGGAUAGCAGACUUCGGCAUGGCCUCCCUUCAGGUCGGAGACAGUCUGCUGGAAACCAGCUGUGGAUCUCCACACUACGCCUGCCCAGAGGUCAUCAGGGGAGAGAAGUAUGACGGGAGGAAAGCAGACGUCUGGAGCUGUGGGGUCAUUCUAUUUGCCCUGUUGGUGGGUGCCCUGCCGUUUGAUGAUGACAACCUGAGGAAUCUUCUGGAGAAGGUGAAGUUGGGAGUGUUUCACAUGCCACACUUCAUUCCGCCAGACUGUCAGAACCUGCUCCGCGGCAUGAUUGAAGUGGAUGCUACCAAAAGACUAACGUUAGAACAGAUCCAGAAGCACACAUGGUACAUAGCUGGGAAGAACGAGCCGGAGCCCGAGCAGCCGGUUCCCAGGAAGGUGACGAUCCGCAGUCUGCCCUCCGCAGACGAUGUGGACCCGGACGUCCUGGACAGCAUGCACUCCCUGGGCUGCUUCAGGGACAAAAACAAACUCCUGAAAGACCUGCUGUCAGACGAAGACAACCAAGAAAAGAUGAUCUACUUCCUGUUAUUGGACCGUAAGGAGAGGUAUCCAAGCCAGGAGGAUCAGAACCUCCCCCCUCGUAAUGAGAUCGAUCCCCCCCGGAAGCGGGUCGACUCUCCCAUGUUGAACCGUCACGGGAAGAGGAGACCGGAGAGGAAGUCCAUGGAGGUCCUCAGUGUCACAGACGGGGGCUCGCCUGUGCCGGCCAGGAGGGCCAUCGACAUGACACAGCACGGCCAACGGUCGCGGUCUAUCAGCGGCGCCUCCUCCGGCCUCUCCACCAGCCCCCUCAGCAGCCCACGGGUUACCCCCCACCCCUCCCCUCGAGGCAGCCCCCUCCCCACCCCCAAGGGCACCCCGGUGCACACUCCCAAGGACAGCCCGGCCGGGACCCCCAACCCGACGCCGCCCCCCAGCCCGUCCAUCGGAGGCAUGCCGUGGAGGACGCGUCUCAACUCCAUCAAGAACAGCUUCCUGGGCUCGCCACGCUUCCACCGCAGGAAACUCCAAGUUCCCACACAAGAGGAGAUGUCCAGCCUCACACCAGAGUCUUCCCCAGAACUUGCCAAAAAAUCCUGGUUUGGUAACUUCAUCAACCUGGAGAAAGAGGAGCAGAUCUUCCUCGUGAUCCAGGACAAGCCUCUCAGCUCCAUCAAGGCAGACAUCGUUCAGGCCUUUCUCUCGAUCCCCAGCCUCAGCCACAGCGUGAUCUCCCAGACCAGCUUUCGAGCGGAGUACAAGUCCACGGCCGGACCCACAGUCUUCCAGAAGCCGGUCAAGUUCCAGGUGGACAUCACCUACACGGAGAGCACGGCCGCCACCAAGGAGAACGGCAUCUACUCCGUCACCUUCACCCUGCUCUCAGGCCCCAGCCGGCGCUUCAAGCGAGUAGUGGAGACGAUCCAGAGCCAGUUGUUAAGCACACACGACCAGCCCGGGGUCCAGCAGCUGUCUGGCAGCCCAUUGAGUAACUUCUUUGACGUAAUUACACAACUUUUUUCAGACGAGAAGAACGGCCAGGGGCCCUACGGCUCCGGCUCGCCCUCCAAGCGCUGCCCGUCGCCCAUGCACGCCCGGAGGCACGAGCACAAUGACACCCGGUGCCCGGCGGCGGGCCGAGACCGGGCCAAGGUGUCCAUGUCGUCUCUGGGGACACAAGAGGAGUCUUAG